UAACACUUUUUUUAAUACGGAUCAGCAGUUAAAAUAAUACUUGCUUAAAGAACUCUUCUCCUUUAUUUUACUCUCGGAAAUUUCAUGUACAUUUUAUAUCCCUGAUGACGAAACAUUUUUAUUAAAAAGUUUGAUUUAUGUACUAAUUUUUCAUUAUAAGAAAGCCCCUCCUUUGAAAUUGGCGGCCAUUCGAUUCUACUUGGCAACCUCUUUUUAACGCCAAAAAAGAUUCCUUUACUCCCGCUCUACCCGUUCUCGUCAUUUUAUACCACAGACGUCCGUCAAGGGAUGGAGUGCGAAGAGCGGUGCGGAUCUUAUGGAAACUAAAAGAAAUCUUUCUCUUCAUCUUCAUCAACUUCCUGAACAUAGAGGUUCCUGUUAAUCACCCUCUUUUUUUGAUAAGAAAAAUUCUUUUUCUUUCGCCGAAAUUCAAUCAUCAGUACUUCAUUUUUAUCGCUUCAAAUUAUUGUGAUGUUGAAAUUGUGAAAGGGGAAAAAAUUAUGCAUAAAGGCAUUGUAGUUACAAUACCCGCAUGGGUCACUUUUCUGGGAUAUUAUUAUGUGUGUUUUUAAUUAAGUGUGAUGACAGAUUUGGUAGAGCCUCCUAAGAAUUCUCCUACUUAGUGGAUAUUUUACUGUCGGUAUAUCAAAAGGGAUAUUAACUUGUUUGUAACUGCGGCAGAUCCCAAUUUUUCACUGGAUUCUAAAAAGGCUAUGACUAAGAAAGAGUGCAGGAUGGCUUCUCCAGAAUGGGUGGAGAUUGUGGAGCCGAUAACGAAGGUGACAAUGUAUGCCAAUCUGACGACAGGUGAAUGUGUUCGAGAAAUACCUCCUGGAAAAGUGAAGAAGAUGGAUGAGAAUCAGUGGUGGGAGUUGUUUGAUAGAGAAAAUUCUAGAUUUUAUUAUUAUAAUGCAACUAGUCAAAGGACUGAAUGGCAUAAGCCACAGAAUUGUGAUAUUAUACCACUGGCCAAGCUUUGGACUUUGAAGCAAAAUACUGAAGUAAGGGACAAUGAUGACCGAAUGCAUGCCAAGAAAGAAUCAGUAUCAACUCAAACCACAAAUCGAGGCAUAGGGGCUGAUGGAUAUAUUCGUUUUUCUAAACCUCCUAUGUGCACUGUUUCCACUCAGACUAGUCCUGCUGCAUCCCCUCGAGAUUGUAGGCAUCAUAGGCAUCAUCACCGACAUGCAUCUAGUCCAUCUGGAGCACUCUAUUCAUCUCGAAGCCCUUCGUACAGUGAGGAUGCUGUAGUUAGUGAUAUUCGAAGAGAUGGCCAAUACCCACUCUCCAAUUCAUACUCUGGCCGUUCCAAUGAUUAUGGUCGCUUACAACCAUCACCAGGAACCCACACUGGUCAUAAGAAGUAUGAUUCUUGUUGUUCUUCUGAUAGUGUCGGAUCUAGCUUUUCACAGAAAAUACAUGAUAGUCCAGAACAAAAUGGCAUGGUCUAUGACCCUCGGAACUCUUCAAAGCCUUUGGACACUAGUCGUAGACAUCGAUCUUUAGACCAUGAACGUGGAACGACCAGUACUUCUUGGAAGCAUCACAGCAUCGAUGAUCAAGGAAAUGUAAACCGGGGAACCACGCCUAGAGUUAGUGAACCAGUAUCUCAAAAACCCCAACCUCACAGAAAACACAAAAGUGAAGAUCUGUCACCGAAAACUAAUUUCUUCUCAGCAUACCCGCAAUCUGAUAGCUUACGUGACAGCUGCCUAUCUAGUACACCUUCAAAUAUAAGACAUCAGUGGUCUCGUAGCACUUCUGAUUCCAGUACAUCUAGUCCUCAGAGUCCCCCUGUAGUGCCAAACAGAGAAGUUCAAGUGAUACGGGGAGAGGAUGGCAGUCUUUUUGCUUUCAGUGAUGUGCCACAUGAUUCAAGUGACAGUUCCCCUCAAUCUUUGGACUCUGCAAGGGGACUCGAUAGUAGCUUCAUUUCUCAAAGUAGUCUUAUGUCUUUAGAUAGCCAACAAAAGAGCGUGUCUGAAUCUGCGACUUCACCAAAUCUCCGACAGCUGCAUGUCGCUCCUAAAGUUCCUUCGUAUGAAAAGGAACAAAGAACUAAACUUCACCACAGUCAGGAAACUAGAGAAAUGCCAACUUCAUAUUAUCAAAGUUCAGCAAUUGCUCAUGAACCCAAAAACAAUGUUGUAAAUAAUUCCUUCAGGCAAAAUGAGCAACCCACUCCCUUGUAUAGCAAUUAUCCCUCCCUCUGGGACUCUCAAGGUGAUAGCCAGACAUACCUUUUGCCUUUGCAGCAUUAUUUGCUUGAGCAAGCUAAACUGUCAGGCUAUCAAUUUGGGGAUAUAAUUGGUGAUGAUCUUGACUCACUUUCACAAAGUGAUGAUGAUUCAGAUGGGCAUCGAGAUGAAGAUGAUGAUUUUGCAGAUGAUGAAGCUAUGAGCCAUCAAGACUCUUCUUCUCAAGAAUAUUUAGAUGAUGUUAGAUAUCUAGAUGAUGAUGAAGAUGAAGUGUAUUGUGAACCUCCUCCUAAUUUUGGAGAAUCUGAUCCUAGUCACAUGUCUAGUACUCGCCAUUCUUCCUUAAGAAGAAAAAAUACUAAUUUAAUGCCUAGUCAUUCCCCUUCUAUGGAAAAGUCUCAGUCUUUCCAGCCUGACAUGCACCAUGGCCAAAUUCCUCGUCCUCUGUCCAUGCUUGUUACAACCGAUGGGUCAAUGGGCAUCGAUCCUGUGACAGGAAUGCAAAGACAGAUUUCCUCUUCGGGUGGUAAUAAUGCUGGAAAAGAUAAAAAGCAACCUUCUGAAAGUGAUAUUGAAAAAUAUGCUCAAGAUAAUCUCAAUAGGCACAAAAAAGGAAUAUUUAGGAAAAAGUUUACAAUUCAAGAUAUGCUGUCAUGGUCCAAAGACCCCAUACGCAAGCCCAUGAUCAUGACUACUGAUAAAUCACUUAAGAGAGAUGCUUGUGAACUGUUUAAAUCUAUUCAAUGUUAUAUGGGUGAUCGCAAACCUAAAAGUGGACAAUCAGUUGAAGCUGUUUUACUAGAAAUCGCAACUAAGGGAUGGAGCAGUCAGUCAGUGCGAGAUGAGAUAUUUAUUCAAAUAUGCCGGCAAAUAACUGACAACCCAAGACGAGAGGGUUUAAUGCUAGGAUGGGAACUUAUGGCUAUAUGUUUAGGUUUCUUUCCCCCAUCGGUCAAGUUUCAGCCUUAUUUAGAAGGAUUCAUUAACAGGCACAAAGAUACUUCAUUUGAUGCUCCUGAUUUUAAGCUAAGUCAUUAUGCCGCUAUUUGCAGUAAGCGCUUAGAAAGGAUUGCGAAGAGUGGUGCAAAACGAGGGCUACGGAAACCGACAAAUGAAGAAAUAGAACAAUCAAGGAUUCAAAUAUUUAGGCCAUCUAUGUUUGGAAAUUUAUUAGAAGAAGUUAUGGCUCUACAAGCAAACAAAUAUCCUACUCGAUCUUUACCCUGGAUACAAACCACUUUGUCUGAAGCUGUUUUGAAACUUAAUGGAGCUCAAACAGAAGGUAUAUUCAGAGUACCUGGUGAUAUUGAUGAAGUUAAUGUAAUGAAACUUCAAAUCGACCAAUGGGAAGUACCUGCUGACUGUAAUGAUCCCCAUGUUCCUGCUUCUCUUCUAAAGUUAUGGUAUCGUGAACUCUAUGAACCUUUGAUCCCCAGUGAAUUCUAUGACGAAUGCAUUCAGUUUUGCUUAGAUCCUGAGGCUGCUGUAGCUAUUGUGCAGAAAUUACCUGAAAUUAAUCGCCUAGUUUUAUCCUAUUUAAUUCGUUUCCUCCAAGUGUUUGCGGCUGAACAAAAUGCAAGUGUAACUAAAAUGGAUGCCAACAACCUAGCGAUGGUAAUGGCUCCUAACUGUCUGCGGUGCAUGUCGGACGAUCCUAGAAUUAUAUUUGAAAAUACGAGGAAAGAAAUGGCCUUUAUUAAAAUGCUCAUAGAAAAUUUAGAUACUACUUACAUGGAAGGUGUUAUGUAAAGAAAUAACUUUUAUUGCUCUGUAAGGAGAUAGAUCAAAAUAUAUUAAUAUAUGGCUAUCUUUAUGUAAAAGUUAAAAGAUUAGAAAGAGAUCAUUUUGUACUACUUCAUUCAUUACAUUAACAAAAUAGAGAAUCUCAACAUGUUUCUUUUUAUCUCUGCAUGCUUCUAGCUCAUCUCCAUUUAUAAUAAGUGAUUGAAUAUUAUUAUUUGACUGCAUUUAAAAAAGUCACAACAUUUCUGUUAGCUUGUAAUAAUGCUAAUUCGUAAUUGCUAUUUAUCAUGUCUUAAUAUCCAAAUGCAUAUGUUACAUUUCUAUUAUCAUGUUGUUUAAAUGUUUUCAUAUGUUAUAGAUAUUAUAUGAAAUUUUCACGAAAACUGUUAAUCUUUAGGAUUUGAUUGAUUAAAAUUUUUCAUUAGUUGGCAAUAAUUAAAAUGAAAAUUCAAGAAGUUUUUAAAUUUUAUUGAGUGUUUAUUUAAGAACUUCAGUGUUAAUGUUUAAAUUAUAGUUUAUCUCGAACAGAUCUGAUCUGUUUUCAGUAUUUAUAUUAUUCCUUCAAAAUAUUGUUUUUUUUUAUAUAUAUAAUGUUUCCAAUUAGCUACAUUCCGCAUUUACUUAUUUUAGUUCAUCUGUUAAUUUAUUUCUGAGUUAUAAAUAAAUAACUAGAAAAUAUAUAUUUCUAGUAUAGUUAAUUUUUAACUUAGAAUGCAUAAAAUGUAUGCUAUUUAUAGAAGACUGCUUUUCAUUCAUUCUAUUUAAUGAGUUGUGAUAUACAAUCAUUUGUAAUUUUUAAUUUUUUUUAUUUUUAAAAUUACAGUAGAAGAUCUAUAUAGUGCAAUUCUUUAAAUCACAAUACUCCAAAUACCGCAUUAAUUUUGCAAUCUGAAGCUUACUAAAAUUAACAAAUUUGUUGGUUUUCAUUUCUAAUAAUUAUUCUUCUAUAAAUAAUAAGAUAUUUUCCACUGAUAUAUUGCAUGUUUAUUAGGUAAGUUUAAUGAUAUGUGAAAUGAUCAAUAUAACACAAAAUUCUCUUCGAUGCAAAGCCUUAUGUUUCAAGGUUUGCAUUAUAAAGAUCUUCUACUAUAUAAAUUUGUAAUACAUUUAAUAGAAUGUCAAAAUUCUAUAAUUAUAUGAUAGAAAUUUAAUUACAUAACAGUAAAACUACUUUUAUUUAUUCAAUUUUUUAUGUAUUUUUUAAAAUUUUAAUCAAAUGCUGUUUUAAAAUUUAUUUUUAUUAGAUGAGGCUUUAAGUUUGCUAUGUGUCUAUUGGUGAUUUAAAUUAAAUUGAUCUUUAUCAUAGAAUCAUUAAUAUUAAGCUGAGUUUCAAUUCAGUAGAUACUUUGUCCCUAUGAAUUUAUUUAUAAACUUAUAUAAAUAAUAUUUUGUUGAUUAAUAUAAAAACAGGGUGACAAGAAAUGACUUUGGCGCACACUUUUGACAAUUGACGAUCGAAAUGGACUAGAGGUGGCGCAGAACAGAAUUUUGCCUAUGGCAACACAACAUACUUUCACCAUUAGUGUGUGGACAGUCAUAGGAGAAAGAAGUACAUUAGUUUUUGUCUUGAUUUUCAAAUACAUUAAAGACUUAGGAAGCUAUGUGGAACUCAAAACUGCAUUAAAUAUAUCUUUUAAAGGAAGUGUCGAAGAAAUUUUAGAAAAUAAUUUUGACAGUUAAAAGAUAAAAAAUUUUAUGAAAGUUUAAAAUAUCAUAGUACAUUCCCAUACAACUAAGAAGGAAAAAAGAGUAGGGUCAAAACAUGGAACCGAGUUUCUUUAAAGAUGGCCUAUUCGAGCAUUGCAGUUGGGAAUAGUUUAUGCUUUUACCUCCAUUUAACUUUAAGUUACAACUUUUUUAUCUAUUGAUAACAGCUGCUUUAUUAAAGGAUAUAUUUAACCCUCAAGAAAUUAAAAACAUGAAGCAUAUGUGAGACAUUUGAUCUCAUCUACUUUUUUUCAAAACAUGAUUUUUUUUAUUUAUUAUUAAUUUAUAAUUUGCCUCUUUGAGCAAUUUUGAUCAUAAAUAAUUCAUUACUACCAGGGAAGAAAUGUGUCUAUAUCUGGGCUUCUAAAAAGGUUAGUCUGUGUCUCUAGUAAAACAUCUAAAAAUACAUUGAUGUCUCAACAUAGCUUAAUAAGUACUCAUGGUUCUAAUCUGAUUAAAAAAGAGUAGGCUCGAUUUACAAACAGCCUUUUUUAUGCAAUAAAGAGAUUCAUUAUUUGUGGAUUAUAAAAGCACAAAAUAUUAUCUUAUUUGUUUACCAAGAGAAAUAGAGAUGUAUAGUUAUAUCUAUAAUAUAUAAUUUUUACAAAAUUCUCUUUUGGGGAAAUUGAUAGGAAAUUGUAUGGUUAUACUGCCACAGUUAUUUCUGGUCACUCCGCAAAAUCUAAAAUAAUGAUAAAUGUUUUUCAUUUAAAUGUAUUUAGUUCAUAUGUGUUUGUUUUUAUAUUGUUUAAGGGACAAAAUAUAUGUUUUAAAAUAGUAGCUUUCAAACUUUAUGGAUCAUGCAUUUAUAGUUGAAUAUCUCACUGUAGGUCACAUUCUGAAAAUGCUUUUCAAAUCAAUAUUAUUAUUUAUAGCUUUUAAAUGUAUUAAUUAUAGACACACAUUUUAUGCCAAAAACAUCUGUUUGAAGUAGAGCUAUUGAGUUAUGUCUUAUCCUUUUUGCCAUGAGAAAGUGCCCUAUUGUAAAUAGUUGUAAAUGAUGUAGAAUGAAAAAAAAAAUUAUACUCCAGUUCUUGUACAAUUAGAUUAUAUCCUAUAUGUUGAAUAAACUCUUUUUCAACUCAC